AUGGCUACAGAAACGAAGAAAACCCAAGCGACGAUUGUGACGCUGCGAUCCCGAGCCCAGAUGCGAGCAACAGAAGAGUUUAUUAACGGGUUCAACGAGGAGAAGGCGAAUCAACUGGCAGAGAGGUUAUCCAAUUUGGAAGCAGUUUGGAAGGCGUAUGAAGCGGCUCAGUUGAAGCUGGAAUCGUACGAGGAAGAUGAUAAGCUGCUGAACGAAUUGUUCGACGCACGGAACGCGUUUUAUGACAGGUAUUGUUCAGCUAAGGGUUUUUUAACGUCACGUAAAACCAUGGCAGUCUCUGAUCUGGAUGUCACGGAUACGGGGAAAGGCACAAAUCUGGCUAAUUUACGUCUACCUAAGCUGGAUCUGCCUACUUUCGAUGGUAACACGACGGAUUGGCUCAGUUUUAAGGAUCGAUUUGUGUCCAUGAUCCAUGAGGCAGAGGACAUGCCUUCCGUAAUGAAGCUGCAGUACUUGUUGUCAGUGCUAAAGGGUGAAGUGUCAAAACGUUUCCAGCAUGUGCAGCUUACAGCCGACAAUUACAGCAUAACAUGGCAAGCGCUAUUAGAUAGGUAUGAUAACAAACGGGCACUAAAGCGUGAAUAUUUUAAGGCCCUGCAUGCCAUUCUGCCGAUGAAGGGCGAGUCGACUGAAGAGUUACGCCGGGUUUUCGAUGAAUUUACUAGGCUGACCCAAGGAAUGAGUGCGUUGAAAGAGCCCAUAGGACAAUGGGAUACACCGCUGUGCAAUCUGUUGUUCUAUAAGUUGGAUGGUAGAACCUUAUUGGCUUGGGAAGAGUAUACUAGUAAGGAUCAGGAAGAUUUGUAUACCAAGUUGCAAGAGUUUUUACAAAGACGGCUGAGAAUCCUUAGUGCAACAGUUCAAUCGACCUAUGAAGUAUCAAGAUCGAGUGUGGGAAAGGUAGCCGGCGUGAAGCAGCAUAAGGGUAUUGUAUUGGCCAACGAGAAAAUCAUAUUCAUGAAGCAGUAG